GAGGAAGCAACAUAUGGCAUCCCAAUCUGCACGAUUAGUAUUCCUUAGUUGUGGCUUCAGUUUCCAUCCAUGGAUUGGCUCAUAAUCUCCACAGCCCCACCACCGAACUAUAACCAUCACUAUAUUUCUUGGUUCUCACCCUGCUAAAAUAACAUAAACUGGUCCACAAGUUCACAACUUAAACUCAAUUCAACAACCAAGAAAAUUUUAAUAUUUUUUUAGUGUUUUUGCUUCUGGUUUUUGGGCUAUUCAAGAACACAAAAAUGGCUUCUUCAGCUGUUUUUUGCAGCUCGAUCAACCCAUCAACUUCACUUUUCUCAAGGGCCCAUCCGAUAUUUAACCAUAACAACACCUCUGCACCUGAGUUUUCAUCUCUACCAAGCUACAGUGUGCACUUCAAGACCAAGAAAAGUAAGGUUACACAAGUGAAAGCUGUGGUGACUGAGUCAGCUUCAGUGACUGAGUUGAACCGGAGAGGCUCGGAGGACAAGAAACUGAGAAUUCUUGUGGCUGGAGGUGGGAUUGGUGGGCUGGUUUUUGCUUUGGCAGCUAAAAGAAAGGGGUUUGAAGUUAUAGUUUUUGAGAGAGAUUUGAGUGCUAUAAGAGGAGAGGGACAGUACAGAGGUCCGAUUCAGAUUCAAAGUAAUGCAUUAGCUGCUUUGGAGGCUAUUGAUUUGGAUGUUGCUGAUGAAGUUUUGAGAGCUGGCUGUAUUACUGGUGAUAGAAUUAAUGGUCUUGUUGAUGGAGUUUCUGGUACUUGGUACUGCAAGUUUGAUACCUUCACUCCUGCCGCAGAACGGGGACUCCCAGUCACAAGAGUCAUUAGCCGAAUGACUUUGCAACAGAUCCUAGCUCGUGCUGUCGGAGAAGAUGUGAUUAUGAAUGCAAGCAAUGUUGUUGAUUUUGUGGAUAAUGGCAGUCAGGUUACUGUGAUGCUUGAGAAUGGAGAGAAAUUUGAAGGUGACCUCCUAGUUGGUGCUGACGGAAUUUGGUCAAAGGUGAGGAAGAACUUAUUUGGGCAGAAGGAUCCUGUAUACUCGGGCUACACUUGCUAUACUGGCAUUGCAGAUUUUGUGCCUGUUGAUAUUGAGACUGUUGGGUAUCGGGUAUUUUUGGGUCAUAAACAAUACUUUGUUUCUUCGGAUGUGGGUUCCGGAAAGAUGCAAUGGUAUGCAUUUUACAAUGAGCCAGCAGGUGGCGAGGAUAAGCCCAAUGGUAAAAAGGAAAGGCUGCUGAAAAUAUUUGAGGGUUGGUGUGAUAAUGUCAUAGAUUUGGUAAACGCCACAGAUGAGGAGGCCAUUCUUCGACGUGAUAUAUAUGACAGAGAACCCAUUUUUACAUGGGGAAGGGGCCGUGUGACAUUGCUUGGCGAUUCAGUUCAUGCCAUGCAGCCUAAUUUGGGUCAAGGAGGUUGCAUGGCCAUUGAGGAUGGUUAUCAACUUGCAUUGGAGCUUGAGAAGCAAUGGAAUCAAAGCAUCGAGUCAGGAAAUCCCGUUGAUGUCGUUUCAUCUCUAAGGAGCUACGAGAGUGCUAGAAAACUUCGAGUUGCUGUCAUCCAUGGAAUGGCAAGAAUGGCUGCAAUUAUGGCUUCAACUUAUAAAGCAUAUUUGGGCGUAGGCCUUGGUCCAUUGUCGUUCUUGACAAAGUAUCGCAUACCACAUCCGGGAAGAGUCGGUGGAAGAUUUUUUAUUGACAUCGGAAUGCCCCUAAUGCUCAGUUGGGUCUUAGGCGGUAAUAGUUCAAAACUUGAAGGAAGACCUCCUAGUUGCAGACUCUCAGACAAAGCCAAUGACAAAUUAAGAACAUGGUUUGAAGAUGAUGAUGCACUAGAGCGUGCUCUUGACGGAGAAUGGUUUCUUUUACCAUGUGGAGACAAUUCUGCCAUUUCUGAACCUAUCCGUUUAAUCCGAGAUGAGAACGCGCCCUGUAUGGUCGGGAGUGAAUCAAAGAAUGAUUUUCCGGGGAAGUCUAUAGUCAUACCCUCGCCUAAGGUCUCAAAAAAGCAUGCACGGAUUAGCUACAAAAACGGUGGCUUUUACGUGAUUGAUUUGCGGAGCGAACAUGGCACCUUUGUCACCAGUAAUGACGGUAGACGGAAUCGGGUGCCUCCAAAUUUUCCGACCAGAUUUCAUCCUGCAGAUGCAAUUGCAUUUGGCUCUGAUGAGAAGGCAAAAUUUCAAGUUAAGGUUUUGAAAUCUCCUCCAAAGAUUAAAGAAAAGGGCGGAAGCGAAAUUCUUCAAUCGGUAUGAUAAUCGGGGAGUUGGCUUCAUCGAUGGCAUUAUCGAGUUAACAGAUAGAUGUACAGCAUUUAUUUGGUGGAGUAGAUAUAUGUAAAGUACAGAUCAUUAUACAGAAGAAGUUAGAAAAAUUACAUCAGUUGUUUUCAGUUGAAAAAUUGAACAUGUAAUGUAAUUUUCAGACAUAUAAAGAAUCAUGAAUACAAGAUUGAUAAGAAACAAAAAAAAUAUUUCUCUUCCUUUC